AUGAGGAAGUUUCAACUUUUCAGCAUUUUCAGCUACUUUGUAGCUUUGUUUGUUCUUUUGCCCUCAGUUUUCGCCAAUUCGGAGAAAAACGAAACUGAAAACUAUGGAACUGUCAUCGGUAUUGAUCUUGGUACUACAUACUCCUGUGUGGCUGUUAUGAAGAAUGGUCGUGUUGAAAUCAUCGCCAAUGACCAAGGUAGCCGUAUCACUCCUUCUUAUGUUGGUUUCACCGACGAAGAACGUUUGGUUGGUGAGGCAGCUAAGAACCAGGCUCCUGCCAAUCCCGAAAACACCAUUUUCGACAUUAAGCGUCUUAUUGGCCGUAAGUUUGACGAAAAGACUAUGACUAGAGAUAUCAAGUCUCUUCCUUUCAAAAUUGUCAACCAGAAGAACCGUCCUCUCGUUGAAGUUGCCUACGGUGGUAAGACAAAGGAAUUCACACCCGAAGAAAUUUCUGCCAUGAUUCUUGGUAAGAUGAAGCAAACUGCUGAAACUUACCUUGGACAACCCGUCACCCACGCUGUUGUCACCGUUCCCGCUUACUUCAACGACGCUCAACGUCAAGCCACCAAGGACGCUGGUACUAUCGCUGGUCUUAAUGUUAUUCGUAUCGUCAACGAACCCACUGCCGCAGCUAUUGCUUACGGCUUGGAUAAGACUGACAGCGAAAAGCAUAUUAUCGUUUAUGAUUUGGGUGGUGGUACUUUUGAUGUUUCUCUCUUGUCCAUUGACAAUGGUGUGUUUGAAGUUUUGGCCACAUCUGGUGACACUCAUCUUGGUGGUGAAGACUUCGACAACAAGAUCAUCAACUACUUGGCCCGUUUGUAUAACCGUAAGAACAAUGUCGACGUUACCAAGGAUGCCAAGUCCAUCGGUAAGCUUAAGCGUGAAGUUGAAAAGGCUAAGCGUACUUUGUCUUCACAAAAGUCCGCCCGUAUUGAAAUCGAUUCUUUCCACGAUGGUAAGGACUUUUCUGAAACUUUGUCUCGUGCCAAGUUUGAAGAAUUGAACAUGGACCUUUUCAAGAGAACUUUGAAGCCUGUUGAGCAAGUUUUGAAGGAUUCUGGACUCAAGAAAGCACAAGUUGAUGACAUUGUACUUGUCGGUGGUUCCACUCGUAUUCCCAAGGUUCAAGAACUCUUGGAGAACUUCUUUGGUAAGAAGUCUUCUAAGGGUAUUAACCCCGAUGAGGCUGUGGCUUAUGGUGCCGCUGUUCAAGCUGGUGUUCUGUCUGGUGAAGAAGGAAGUGAUAACAUUGUACUAUUGGAUGUCAUCCCCUUGACUUUGGGUAUUGAAACUACCGGUGGUGUCAUGACUCACCUUAUUCGCCGUAACUCACCCAUUCCUACUCGUAAGUCUCAAGUUUUCUCUACCGCCAGUGACAAUCAAAACACCGUUUUGAUUCAAGUAUUUGAAGGUGAACGUACUUUGACCAAGGACAACAACCUACUUGGUAAAUUCGACUUGCGUGGCAUUCCUCCCGCCCCUCGUGGUGUUCCUCAAAUUGAAGUUACUUUUGAAGUCGACGCUAACGGUGUAUUGACCGUUUCCGCUCUUGACAAGUCUGGUAAGGGCAAGCCUGAAAGACUUGUUAUCAAGAAUGAUAAGGGCCGUUUGUCCGAGGAAGACAUUGAACGUAUGGUUAAAGAAGCCGAGCAGUAUUCCGAAGAGGACAAGAUUUUGAAGGAACGCAUUGAAGCUCGUAAUGGUCUUGAGAACUACGUUUACGCCUUGAAAACUCAAUUCACUGAUAAAGAACAACUUGGUGGUAAAGUUAGCGAGGAGGACAAGCAAGCUGUUUUAGACGCCGUAGAGGAUGUUAUCGAAUGGCUUGAAGUCGAAGGUGCUGAGGCAUCUAAGGAAGAACUUGAUGAUCAACGUCAAAAGGUUGAUCAAGUCGUUCAUCCUGUUACUCAAAAGCUUUACUCCGAAGGAGCUGGAGCUGGAGCUGACGAAGACGAUGAGGACUUUGAUGAUGCUGAUGAACUUUAA